CGGAAUCAAAUGGCUUUAGAUGAAACUUGGGUGUUGUCUUGUGCAUUCUUUUCUAUUCUAGGACUUCUAGGAUAUUCAAUGAUAGCUGCAGGAGCAGUUAGAUAUAAAUCAGUGCAAUCUGCCAUUAUUACUAUUUUACUAGGUGGCAUCUUAACAAUUAUAGCAUUCUUUAUUGUAAGAUUAAAGAAUAUUUAAUUAGACUGGUUAUGCAUUCGCAUUUGGAUUAGAUUCAAAUAAAUUCAUUGGUAAAUCAUUAUUUGCAGCUGCAUCAUUUGAAUCAACACCAAACAAAAAUGAUUAUGAUAACUUUGUUUUCCACACUAUUGCUGCCAUUUUUGUUACUUCAAUCUUUGCUUUUGGAACUUUAGAGAGGGCAAGAUUUUUUUCAUUUAGUUUUGCUGUAAUUAUUUUAUAAGGACUUCUUUAUCCAAUUGUUGUUCAUUGGACUUUUGGUUAAGGUUGGUUAAAUUUAUUUGGAUUCUAAGAUUUUGGAGGAAGCGCAGUAAUUCAUGUUUUUGGAGGUGUUACAGCUUUAGUAGCAUCAUUAUUAUUAAAAGAACGCAGAGAUUAAAAUGGAAAAAUUCACCCAGGAAUAUUCCCUCAUCAUGCUCCAUUCUUCAUAGGAAUUGGCACAAUUUUAUUAGUUGUUGUUUAAACAAUUUUCCUGUCUGGUUUGAAUAAAACUUCAAGAGCCUAUGUAAAGGGAUUAGUUCCUGUAAAUACAUUUUUAGCAGCUUCAUUUGGAGGGUUGAGUAGUUAUGUCUCAUACUAUUUGAAAAAAGAAAAGACAAGUUUGAUAACAAUUGCAAGAGGAGCUCUUGCAGGUGUUGUAGCAGUUAGUGCAAAUGCGAAUGAUAUUUAAUUAUGGUCUGCAGCGUUUAUUGGAACCUUAGCUGGAAUCUCAUACUUAGUGAUCUAAUUGAUAGUUAAAAGAUCUCAUGUUGAUGAUCCAGGAUAAGCAGUAGGUGCUCAUCUUGUACCAGGAAUAUUAGGAACUUUACUUUAUGGAAUCUUAUCAAGAUCUCAUGGAUUAUUUUAUGGUUAAGGACUUAAAUAAUUUGGUAUCUAAAUUGUUGGACUACUCUCUAUUGCUGGAUGGGCUUUACUUAUUCUAGCAAUCCUAGUUCCACUCAAAGGCUUUGGAAUCUUCAAGAUUAAACCUGAAUAAGAAUCCUUAGGAAUUGAUUAAAGCUAUGGUAUCUAAAUUUUAUUUAUUUUUAGCUGGCGGAGAAGCAUAUGUUUUCAGUGAUUAAACUGUUGAAACCAAAUCCUUAUUGAAUUCACAAAAGAAAUCUAUAUUCCAUUGA